AUGGGCACGCCCAUGGCCAUGAAUCUCUCCAAAUAUUACCCAACAACAGUUUGGAAUCGAAGCGCUUCGAAAUAUCCGGCAUUGGUAGCAGCCGGAGCGGUUGUUGGUGAAACUCCAGCCAGAGUUGCUGAACAGUCUGACCUCAUCUUUACUAUGCUAUUUGAUGGAGCUGCCAUACAAUCCGUAUUUGACGAGAGCUUCAGAAAGGCACUCAAGGACAAGACGAUUAUCAACACGAGCUCGGUAUCUGUAGAGUACAGUGAAGCGCUCUCCAGACAAAUCACUGCAGCUGGAGGAAGUUUCAUGGAAAUGCCCGUAAGUGGAAGCAAGGUACCGGCUGAACAAGGCAAGCUGGUUGGAAUGAUGGCGGGUGACCGAGCUAUUUGUGAGCGAGCUAGGCGUUUCGUAGAGCCGCUUACGAGUGCUGCAAUCUACUGCGGCCCAAUUGGUUCGGGUUUGAGGAUGAAGUAUGCCAUCAACGCGUAUUUGGUUACAAUGACGGUAGGACUUGCAGAAUCUGUGAGUCUGGCUCAAGCCCAGGGCCUUGACUUGGAUGCAUUCUCCCAAGUAUUAGCGGCUGGCCCGCUGGCAUCUGCAUAUUCCAAAUUGAAGAUGGACAAGAUUUUGGCCCAAGACUGGUCGGCACAGGCGGCAAUCAAGGACUGUUACAACAGCACAAAACUCAUUCAGGCAGCGGCCAAAGAGGCAAACACACAGUCGCCACUGGUUCAGCUGUGUGGUGAGCUGUACAGCCAGGCAAAUGAUCUUGGGAUGGCCGAGGAUGACAUGAUUUCAGUAUUCAGGAUAUUAUGCGAGCUGUCUGCAAAGGAACAGCGCUAG